AUGGAUCCCAGAGAGCAAUUGGCCGCAUUGGAGCGCAUGCGCGACAAAGACCACCAACGGUUCCUUCACACCAUCCAGCGCGACCUCAUUUCAGCACCCUACAUCGCUAACCCUCUCUUCGGCAAUAAGAAAUCCAUCUACCUCGACCACUUUGCCUCCUCCAAGGCCCUCAACCUCUUCGAGAACAUCAUGCGCCAAACUGUUUUGCCAUUCUAUGCCAACACCCACACCUCCACCACCUCCACAUCAAAAUUCACAUCCCAGUCCGUUAAACAUGCCCGCGAAACCAUCCGUCGGUGUACCAACGCAAUUGCGACUGAAGGGCAUGAGCACCAUGCUGCCGUCAUCUUUAGCGGGUCUGGCGCCACCUCUGGCGUUCACAAGAUCCGCAGUGUUUUUAGACUCGAAGACGAAGCUUAUUGGGUCCGUAGGGCCGCAUCGAUGUCCAAGACUAGCAACGGCGAUAGUUUGAGCACCGCCCAAUUUACAUCACACCAAGCCACCUCAGCACGGCACUCAGAAGCAGCAUGCGCUCUACUCUCGUCAUGCGCUGCUGCGUCGAGCCCAAGCCCCUCCUCCUCCUCGCAAACAUUCUCACGAAUCCCCUCCGAGCACCGCCCAAUCGUCUUUCUCUCCAUCCAAGAACACCACUCCAACCUCCUGCCCUGGCGCGACUGCUGCGCCGAUGUUGUUGUCAUUCCCGAAAACAGUGACCACCGGCUGGACCUUGUCUUUUUGGAGGAGCAAUUGAUCCUUCACCAAGACCGUCCCCUCAAGUUGGGUACUUUCUCUGCCGGCAGUAACUUGACCGGUGUCCUUAAUGACACAGUGGCUAUCUCUGAACUUCUCCAUAAGUACGACGGAUUUGCCUUUUACGACUUUGCUGGUGUCGGUCCAUACACCACCAUCGACAUGAACCCCCCUCCCUCCAAUCUUAAGGGUGACACCAGGAAUCUGGCCUACAAGGACGGUGUUUUUAUAUCGACCCACAAGUUCCUGGGCGGACCCGGUGCGUCCGGUGUUUUGGUCGCUCGAGUCGAAAUUUUUUCGUGGGCGGAGCGACACAGUGCGACCAGUCGGAACGAGUUCAUCCCUGCGACCCCCGGUGGUGGCACUGUGGAUAUGGUCAUCAAGGGCCAGCACAAGUACAGCAACAACAUCCUUGCCCGCGAGGAGGCUGGUACCCCCAACAUCCCUGCGACCAUCCGAACAGGGCUUGUUUUCCGUCUACAAGAGAUUGCUGACCCAGCCUGGAUCCUUCAGAAGGAGUACAAGCUGGCCAAGAGAGUGCUUGCGAGACUCUUGUCUCCAAACCUAAAUCAAGCGAUCCGAGUCCUUGGCUCGUCUGACUUGGACCGUGUUGCAGUCUUCAGUCUGACUAUUGCUGUGCCAAAAUUCCUGAGCCACGACGGUCAAACGCCUCUCCAGAUCCAUUAUGCGCUCUUGAGUACCAUUAUGAACGAUUUCUUUGGAAUCGAGAUGCGCGGUGGAUGCAUGUGCGCUGGUCCUUAUGCCUCACAACUGCUCAAGUUUGAUGCCGACAAGGAGGCUGCCUUCUGGAAGCUGUUGAUGGGUGAGCAAGAAGAAGGAUCCCGUCCUGGUUACACUACCAACAACAACAACACCACCACGACUGACGACGAGGGCGGCGACAACGAUCAGCCCCGGAACAUUCACCAGCAGAACCUCAGCAACAAGAGUCUCAAGCCCGGGUUUGUCCGCUUUAGUUUCACCUAUUUUUCCAAGGACAAGGACGUCGAGUUUGUGGUCCAGUCGCUCAAGUGGGUCGCUCAGUACGGCUACCUCCUCAUCCCUCUCUACCGCCUCGACGCCAACUCUGGAGAGUGGUCUGUCCGCGAAGCCGUCCGCAAGGCUGUCUGCGCCGAUGUUGCACCCAAGAACUUGAUCUGCGGAUCUAGAGGUCUUUGUAUCCCUGCCGCCAUCGACUGCAUUUAUGGUUUACAGAAGCUCUUCCGUGAGCGGAUCACUCCUACUUGGCUAUGGGCGUCUCCCCCAGCAUCGUCUUCGACUCGUGUCUCUUCGUCAGAUGAUCAACCCCAGCGUGGUGGUCUUUACCUCGACCAGAACACAUCUUUUCCCGUCGCCAGUAAUAACCGCCGUAACUCCCAGUCUGAGGUCUUUUCGACUCUAGGACAGGCCCAACGGUCAUUGAGGAGAUUAAUCACCGGCGCCUUUGGUCGCUCUGAGCAGAAUGCCGCUUGUUCUCAACCAGGCACUAUUGGCGCCAGUAACGGUAGAGUCAUGGACCACCACGAUGACGAAGACGUCCACCACCCUGGCCACACCCACGGUCUACCCCAGAUCAAUGAGCCCCACUCAGAUGUCUCCUCUCUCUCCUCCGACACUGGCAGCGGCGUGCGCCCCAGUUCCGAUUACGAAACCGCUCUCAGCUCCCUGCCCGUCACAGCACACGACUACAACCGAAACAUCAACAAUAGCAUCAUGAACAUCCUCAACCCCGCCGCAAUAAGGAUCUACUCCAAUGAACCCUACGCCUCCUCGGUCUCCUCCUUUGCUUCCUCUUCCAUCUCGACAGACGUCGAGUCCAGCGGCAAUGGUAUCAUGAUGUCGAGAGCCAAAAAACCCAGUAUCUUUUCACCCGAACGACACAUCAAACCCAAGGACCGUCAGAUCUUGUUGGAUGCUUUGAAAGAGCUGUCAUGGGAUGGGUUGAAGGCUGAGGUGGAUGCGGUUGAAUGUAGUCCGUUGGCCAAGCAGUUGCGGUGGUUCGUGACUCCAUUGGAGGUUGCGCAGAUGUAUACAGAGGAGCUGAACAAUCCUUCUGCCGUUUCACCCUUCCCCAAGCACAAAUAG